AUUUUUGAAUGUUUAGAAUAUGCUCUUCACAGUUACUGUGUGAGCUGCUGCCCUUCAAAAAGGGCUUACAAAGAGUAAACACAGAUAUCACUGAAUUUCUAAACAAUGAACAUCACUUCGGAAGUCACAGUCUCUUCUCCGUUACAGCACACAAACUUUAAAACAUUGGAGGAGUUCAACGAUGAAAAGGCAAGACAGAGACUUCCUACAAUUAUAUUUCUGUGUAUUCUUAUAGCCUUUGGUAUCAUUGGAAAUAUGGUUGUCCUGGUUGUGUACACCCUGAGGUACCGUUCAUCAACCUUUCGGACAUACAUCCUGACAUUAGCAGCUGUGGACCUCUUAUCUUGCCUUAUAGCCAUGCCUGUGGAAUUAGUGGAUAACUUGUACCCACUUAUGUUCUUCAUCGAAGGAUUCUGCAAAGGGGGAAGAUUCUUGGGUCAUGUUUUUAAAAUUGGAUCUGCAUUUAUUAUUUUGGUAAUGGCAGUUGGCCGAUUUAAAAAGAUAUGCAGACCAUUCAGUAAACCUAUCUCUGUCAAGCAAGCUCAAAUUCUGUGUACCAUUGCAAUAUUUGUAGCCAUCUUAUUUGCUUGGCCGAAUGCAAUUAUUCAAGGCAUGCGCCACCAUUAUUUGAAGGGUGGUGUAAUCGGUUAUGACUGCUCCAUCGAUGAUAAGGUGAAGAUGACAAUCUACCCUUUUGUCUACACAAUUGUUUUGACCGUUGUCUAUACCUCUGUUUUCUUCAGCCUAGUUGUGUUGUACACGAUCGUCAUCCUUAAACUCCAACAUCAUAACCAAGCAGAGGAGAAAAAACAUCGAGUCAGUCCUCGAAUUACAAAGAUAAUGAUUGCUAUAACUGUGGCCUUCAUUCUCUCCUAUUUACCAGACUGUAUCCUGGAUGCCAAUUCUACCUUUAACAAAGGAAACACGCUACCUUCUACACCAGUGGUUCUGGGAACAUUACCUUUACUAGCCAGGGCCUAUUUUGUAAAUAACGUAAUCAACCCUGUUAUUUAUUUUGUUGGGGAAUCAAAAUUUCGUAGAAUCAUAAAACUGUCCAUGUUGUGGAUCUUCCACUAUCUGUUUCAUCGGAAGAAAAAUGCAGUUGGUUCACAACAUUUUCAGAUGUCAGAUACCUUCAGAAAUGAGGACCAGCUGAUGGUCACAAUGAGGCAAACAACAUCAAGCACUAGAUCACAGCAUCCAGGAAACCAAAACAGUGAAUUCAAAGCAUGAAGGAAACUUUCAUAAACUUAAUAAAAUUGAAGGAAACUGUAUACCGAUACAGAAGAACUAUUAGCAAAUUUGGUAUAUAUACAAACUGUAAAGACAAAAACCACCAAACUUUUGUAAUGCUGAUAAUCUAUCCCAUUUAAAAAAAUUAAAAAGUUUCUGUGUG